CGUUUACAUAAUUUGCACGCCAUGGCUUCGUCUCUUCUUCGCCCACAAUUUGUUGCCUGCCCUGUUCGCAGCUGCAGGAUUGUGCCAUUUGGCUCGGCUGGACAGCUUCGUAAAGUAGCAUCCCUUGCAUCCAAUCGGCAAAAUGUAGCAGCCGAUGAAUUGAGGGAAGGCUCCGUUCCAGACGUCCUAGGGAAGUUCAGCAUGCCUGCUCUUGCCACGCUUGCCAGCCUUGUUUUGGCUGAGGCGCCUGCAUCGGCAGAAGCUUUGAUUUCCUCAAAUCCAUUCGCUGGCGUUCAGGCAAAUAGCUUGUAUGUGACGCUAGCGCUGUUCCUCAUGAGUGUUCCAGGCAUCUGGUCGCUCGUCAAGCGUGCACCACAGGCCGCCAAAAAGCGCUUGACGUUUGAGGUCCCUGGGCCAGCCGUUGAGGGCGCUAUGCCGCUUGACGACCGUGCUCGGCAAAUCUUCCGCUACUUUAAGCGGUACAAUUACUCGGUGAAGGAGACGGGAGAGGUCAUUACUUUCGAGGGCGUCUACGCAGCGGACAAGGGACAAGCGGCGGCUCUGGUUUUCUACACUUUCUGCGCGAUGGCGAGCGUAGCGCUUGUGCUUUCCAUUUUGGUGCCCGCGGUCGGUAACUGGUGGUACGCCCUGACGGCGGUAUCGCCCGCGGCCUACACCUACUACAUGCAGAAGGGUACCCGGCCUGAGCAGUUUAAGGUGAAGAUGGUAACCGCCGACGAUGAGAAGACGACGGAUAUAAUAGUGGAGGGUGACAAGGAAGAGAUUGAACGAUUCUGGAAGGAGCUUGGACUAGUGGAGAAGGGGAAGGUGUACGUUAAGGGUAUGCUGGAGGCUUGAAGAACGCCGACAUCCCGACGGAGUUGAGAGCCAUGCGCGUUUGGACCACGACGUCGGAUAAUGAGGGAUUGCAGAGGCUUAUCUUGCGAAAGGCCAAUCCUUUGGGAAGCGAUGCCGGAGAGUGUUGGGUGUCGUACAUCAUUUUUGGCUUUUGAGGACGUCGAAGAGAGAAUGUUGUGAAUAUGAGCGGCAGCGUGCGUUAGAGACAUCGGGGCUAGAUUUUGACGAUUUUGAGUGAGCACGUUGGAUGAGUGUGAGAAAUGUAGCCUCAAGAGGCGAAUUUACCGCUAAUUACGCGGUUUCGCGGUACCACUGAAUGGAGGACACAGAUUGCUGAAUUCAAAAUUAAUAAUCACUGGAUUUCGUAUGUGCAGUAUGUCUAAAUCGGCAAACAUAUUAUGAGGGCUGCACUGCUUGCAAGGCCUUUUUGUAGAUUUGCUGGGCGUC